UUUUUUAACGUGUGAUUGACGGAAGACACUUUUUUUCAUCCCUUUAAUAAUCAAGUUAAAGAAAAAAGUUAAACAUGGAAAUGUAUCCGUUAUAAUUACAAACAAACAUACACAUUUUAAAUUAAAAUAUGACUCAUAAACAUUUCUAAUUACUGGUUGUUUUUCCAGUUCCCGAAACUUAUUACUUAAUGGAGCACUUAUGACAGUUAUUACUACAUACGUGUAAUAAUAAUAAACAUUACAGGUACUGGUAGAGAACUUUGGUCAAAAUGUCUAGUGGAAUUAACGAUGUUGAAGGUAAUUUGGAAAAACAACUGGAUGAGGUGAAAGCUUUACAGGCAAUCUAUGCUGAGGAUUUCCAGUUAUUGGAAAAGAAAAAGUCUCGGUUUCCACAUUUUAAACUGUCAUUGAGGCCUGAAAGAGAUAAUGAUGAUUGGUGUGAACAUGUCCGUGUUCAUAUGAUAAUCAAGUAUAAUGAAGGGUAUCCAUACAGAAUACCAAAGAUUGAACUUGAAAAUGUCAAAGGAAUCUCUUUAGAAAAAAUAGAAACUCUGAAAAAUGAUCUUGUACAAUUAGCUAAAACCAAAGUCGGUGAAGUGAUGGUGUUGAAUUUGGCACUUCAUCUUCAAGAUAGUUUAAGACAAUUCAACACAAAAAAGCCAAAAUCUUUUCAUGAAGAAAUGUUGUGGAACCAACAGAUACAACAAGAAUUCAAAGACUCUGAAGAACAAAAGAAAUUGGCCAAUAAUCGGUUACAAGAAAAAAAAUUUAAUAAAAUUCUAGAAGAUAAAGUAAGGAAAAGAAAAAAUUAUAUUAGAAAGCAAAUAAAUGAGGUUCCUGAACCACUAACUAGAACAGAAAGUCUGGAGAUUGACUCGUCAAUACAGAGUGGAGAGAUUAAAAUAAAAGAAGAUAUAAAAAAUAAAUAUCAUUUCCUUGAAGACUCAGAUAGCCAAGAUGAAGAGAAGAUAGAAUUAAGAAAACAGUAUCGAUGGGCUUUAAACACACAGAGAUUUCAAAAUGAAUUUGAAGUAAUUGAAUUCUUAGGACAAGGUGGUUUUGGAAAUGUUAUAAAAGUGAAGAACAAAAUGGAUACAAGACAUUAUGCUAUAAAGAUUAUACACUCAAAUGUCAAGCAUUUUAAAAACAUCACAACAGAAGUAAAGCUAUUGUCUCGACUGAAUCAUGAAAAUAUUGUUAGAUACUACAAUUCAUGGAUGGAAGUUUACCAAACUUCUUCUGAAGGUAGUAUAGCAUCUUCAGAAUCAGAAGAAACUUAUGAUGAUGAAGAAAAAUCUUAUGACUUAUCAGAUGUUUAUUUUGAGAAAUCUGAUGGUCAAGAAGAAAAUGAAGAUGAUAAUGAUGAAGAAUUAAUAUUCGAGGAUGAAGCAAGAUUCUUAUAUAUUCAGAUGGAAUAUUGUGAAAAGAAAACAUUGCGGUUAUAUAUUGAUAAGAAUCCAAAUAAAAACAUUGAUGAAAUCUGGAGACUUUUUAGAGAAAUUGUCGAUGCUUUAGUUUAUAUCCAUGGACAAGGCAUUAUUCACCGUGACCUAAAACCUGGCAACAUUUUCUUAGAUUCCCAAGAUCAGAUAAAGAUUGGAGACUUUGGACUAGCAACAACUCGUAGAGCUAAGGAUUUACAAGACAAAUCUGGAAUAUGUAUACCUGAUUCUAUCCAAAGUUUAGGUUUCACAGGGAGUUUAACUCUUAAUAUAGGAACUUCUUACUACAUAAGUCCAGAAUUGAAAACAGAGAGAGGAAAAUAUGACCAGAAAGUUGAUAUUUAUAGUCUUGGUAUUAUAUUCUUUGAAAUGAAUUAUCCACCUUUCCAAACACUAUCUGAGCGACAUGAAAUUCUAACCAAUUUAAAUAAUGCUAAUGUUAUAUUUCCUGAUGAUUUUGAUGAAAAUUUAGUAACCCAGAAAACCAUUAUUAAGAAAUUAUUGAAUCAUGAUCCUGAAGUCCGUCUUACAAGCAAAGAACUCAUACAUGAGUUUCUGCAACACCUUACCAUUGAAGACACAAAAUUCAAUACCGUUGUUGAGUCUGCAACUGCAAAUCCACUUAGCAAAACAUUCAAAUAUAUAGUAAAGUCAUUGUUUGAUCAAAAGUAUGAUGAAGUAUGUGAUGUUAUGUAUGAAGAUGAAGGAAAUAAAUUAAAUAAAGCAGAACAAUGGCUUUGCAUCUCAGUUAUCUUUAUUCGAGACACUGAUCAACUUAUCCUUAUGUCAUACAACUUACCCAAGAGGUUGGAUCAACUUACCCCACAUUCCGAGCAAGUUGAUCCAAGAGAACCAGUUGACAUUCAUUUUUUUCAAAGGUCACAGUGA